ACUCGUGGUGUGAUUGGUUCAAGAGACGUGUCCAUCAAAUCAACCUAUGUGUUUCAUUGGUGAGAGACUAGCAGCCGUUUGUGACUCUCGCGGUACUGCUGCUCGAAGAUGGCGGCCGAACUGGUGGAAGCGAUGAACAUGGUUAAAAGUUUCCGGGUCUCAGACCUGCAGACGCUGCUGGCCUCAAUGGGUCGCAGCAAAAGUGGUCUGAAGCAGGACCUUGUGGGGCGAGCGUUGAGGCUGGUGCAGACUGAAUACAGCCCAGAGCUUCUGAAGAACGUCAGGCAGCUCUACGAGUCCCGCUUCCCCAAAACAUCUGGCUGGCUUGCAGCACGACGUCCAGAGGGCGUUUCAGUUGCCUACUCAUCCCUCAACUCCUCCCCCACUGCCACCACUCAGGGCGCAGACUACCUCAAUGGUAUUUCCAAACCGAUCCCCACACCUGCAGCAGAGGUUAAACUGGUACCACUGCCCUUCUACCAAACAUUGGAGACACUCUUGCCACCAACAGAGCUUAUUGCCCAGAACAAUGAGAAACUGCAGGACAGUCAAUGCAUAUUUGAGUUAACUCCAAACCAAGCAGAUCAGAUCAGAAAUGCAAGUGAUCUUCGUCCAGGAAUGAGAUCAAUCCAAGUGGUUCUUAGAAUCUGUUACACAGACUCCAUUGGUGUCCAGGAGGACCAGUAUCCUCCUAAUAUUGCUGUCAAAGUCAACCAGUCCUACUGUCAUGUGCCAGGAUAUUACCCCUCUAAUAAACCUGGUGUUGAACCCCGUCGUCCUUGUCGACCUGUAAACAUCACUCCCUGGUUGCAUCUCUCCACCGUCACUAACAGAGUCACUGUCGCCUGGGGAAACUUUGGCAAGCGGUACUCUGUGGCAGUGUACUUAGUGAGGGUCUUCACUGCAGCAGACCUCUUCAGUCAACUCAAACUCUGCUCUGUGGAGAGUGCAGAACGUUGUCGUGAACGCAUACAAGACAAACUACGCUUUGACCCAGAAAGUGAAAUUGCAACCACAGGUCUUCGGGUGUCUCUCAUCUGUCCAUUGGUGAAGAUGCGACUCGGUGUACCAUGUCGGGUUUUAACUUGUGCCCACCUUCAGUGUUUCGAUGCAGUCUUCUUCCUGCAGAUGAAUGAGAAGAAGCCCACAUGGACUUGCCCCGUCUGUGAUAAGCCCGCUCCCUUUGAGCUGCUCACAAUUGACGGGCUGCUAUCUGAGAUUCUGAAACAGACGAGCGAGGACAUUGAGGAGAUUGAGUACCUAACUGACGGCUCCUGGCAACCCAUCAGCGAUGACAAGGAGAGGGACAGGGAAAGAGAACGCAGCAACACACCGGAGUACCCUGUUGUUGAUAUAUGCAUUCCUGAGGCAAACGGUCAUUCGCCGGCCCACAGCAGCACCAGCCUGACGGGCAAAUCUGGAAGCAGUUCCGUUGGGAUUGCAGGAGUCGCAGGAGGAGCUGCUGUGGCGCCAGGAGGAGGCGCAGUGGUAGAUCUGACUCUUGACUCCUCCUCUGAGGAGGAGGGGGGUGGGGCAGGAGGAGACAGUGAGGACACGGAGGAUAGCGCUGACAGUCCUGCUCCCAAGAGGGGCCGAUAUAACUAUGACAAGGACCUGGUUACUGCCUACUGACCCCGCAGCUCUGUCCCCUCAUAGACUGACACACAGACAGAGACAGAGGCAGGGGGCUAAAAACAUGAGGACAGGAACACAGUAAUCCACUAGAUGCAACGACCCUCCUCGAUGCUCCAAAACCAGAGCCUUUUAGCAGCUCUGAUUUAUACCCAAACAAAUCAAACAUGCACUGUUGAUGAAUCUUCAGUCUAAAGUGAUUAGGAUUCCUCUUUGUACUGUACACCACUGGAAGCAACUAACUCUUUUUGGUCAACUGUCACCUUGCAGUGAAUAUCUGCACCAUCCUGCCUGUACUAAAGAAACUGAAUGGAUCGAGCACCCCAGCAGCAGCACCACCACCACCACCCCCUCCCCUCCUUUCUUCCUCCCCUCCCUGACUAUUUCCUCUCUACAACCCAUCACUCUUUGUAUUUGACUUGGAAUGACAGGCUCUUUUUUUAGCCCUGAGCGUUCAGUGUUUGCAUUCAUUUUUGUCACAGGUGUGAUAAACAGGCAAGUUGAAAUGGAAGGUCCUCAGUAGUUUUUCUUCUUAAAGGCGACCAAUUGGAAAAGAGCAUGGCUAACUUUGGGUUUGGACAAGGUAGAAUAUGUGGUGUGACGCUAAUUGAAACCUCUUCUCUUGGGUUAUUGUUUCUUUGUUAGCAGAAUGAAUUCAAAGCUUGAAAGGGUUUUUUCAGGAAUUUAAACCUUUUUAAUUAUGAAAGGGCAAAACACAAUACUGGCCUCAAUGUGUGAUGCUUUCCAUUUUUAUUUUGUCCUUCGAUAAAAAGAACCUACCUCAGUCAUAAAAACUUAGCAGACUGACCAGGGAGUAGCUAAGAAAGAAGCAUAGGGCAGAAUUGAUGAGUCUUUCUGAAGCCAAUUUUACACUGGAGAUUUUGUUUUUCCGCAUUGUUUUUUAUUCUUUAAUUCAACGUUCCAUGCUGCUCUGUUUCGUCCAGCAACAACACCAUCUUUAUUCAAGGGCAAGUUAGACUGUGUUGACCAUUGUUGCAGUUAUCUUGCUUUUAAUAUAAUUUAUUGAGGUGUAUAUAUAUCAGCAUUGCAGUUGAGCUAACUCAUCAGAAUUACUGUAUGGCAGCUGUGCCAUCGCAGGAGGGAUUUAAGAAGGAAGCGUUCAUAAGAUUUUGGUGCCUUUUUGUGGUAAAGAAUGGAACCUGUCAUUUUUAAGACUAAGCUGAGACCUGCAGCUGAGACCCCAGUCUGAGGUUUUAUUUCAUUUAUUUUUUCCUUUGGUCUUUUCCAGUAAGAGAAUGUGGUACAGCAUUCAGAAGAGCUCUCCUCCUUAAUUUUGCCCGUGUGUUGGCAUUGUUCUCAGCAAGUAUUUUUUCCUUAUUUUAAAGCUUCAGUCUCUUAACAGUUAUUUGUGAUACAUCAGCAUCAUUUUAAGGCUUAGUUCUGUACAGAUUGCAGCCUUCAGUUGUUUGGGUGUUCUGAGGCUCCUUUUUUGCCCUGUGAUUGAACCUGACCCAGGUUGGAGAAACAUUCAGAAUAUGGUUGCUGUGAUGGUUUCAACAUGUCUGAGACAACAGAAGUUAGUUAAGUGUGAUCAAGUAAGACCCCACCAAGCUUUAAGUCAUUGAUGAAAUUGCAAAUUGUCCUGUCUGGAGCAAGUCGAGCUACUUCAACCAAUGAUCCUCCCUCAGCCUCCCUUCAGUGUAGAUACAGUCAUCAUAUCUUUUUGCUGGAAUAUAAUUGUUAUUAAAUGGGUACAUGCAGUAGGCUUACAUCUAAGAUUCCCCUGCACCUGCACUUAUAUUCUGAGUAUGUGAUUGCUGCUCCUCAGGUAAGGAUACACAGGCUGCAUGUGUGGGUGUUUCAGUUUGUCCUCUGGAAGCUGGUUUGCCUCAAGAGAAACUAUGUUGCUGUGUUCAUUGAGCUGUUUGCACUUUCAUUUGAUAACAUCAUCCCAAGUUAAUGGCUUUUUUAGUUCAGUUCCAGUCGUGUAGUGAGUAUUAAUUGAGAAUAAAUGACCAUUGAGACCUGAUCUCUUCAACGAUGCAUGGGAAUAAGAUGUGAUUCUCGAAAUGGGAGCAGUCCUACUUCACUGUAAAACACCGGAGGGAACAAGUCUUGACUCAAGUCGUGCAUGGGUUUCCCCUCUCUUAUCAUCGCCUUUGUUGCGUUUAAUCUGGUUUUCUUUUGCCUCGCUCAAAUGCACAGAGAAAUUAUAUUUUACACAUUAAUCUGGGGCCUUGCUGUUAGUGAAUGCAUCACAUGAUAGAGUUGGUGUUAAAAAAUAGUCAAAUCUGGUCUUCCAUUUCUUUCCUCCUUUUGACAAAUUGAAGUAGCUUAUAACUGUUUAAGAGUGAGGAAAGAUGGUAGUCACCCAAAAUUGAUGGCACUCUGCCUGUUCUACAUCUGAGUCUGUCCCUGAAAAUGAUAUACUUUAGAAGGUGCUUAGAUACAAAAUAGUAUAAAGAACUCAAUACCUGUCUUUAAUAAGGCAGUUUGUAAUUUUAGGUAAAUGCUAUACAUAUAAAAUUGUUCAUUUGUUUCUAGGUAUAGGUCAUCAUUUGAACAGAUCUCCUAAACUUCUCUGUACCUUGUGAUUUAAAGGUGAGAGGCGGGGCAGGUUGUUUCUGUGGGUCUGAGCCAGAAUCGUCAGCAGGUUGUUUUGGAACUCGGGAAAACUGAGGGUCUGGUCUUUAUGUAGUUGGCAUCUCUUCUUACAAUAAUGCAUAAGGUAGCAUGGGCAGAGGCUUAACAAUCCAGGAUGUAAAUGUUUUGUUUGUUGUGUUUUCUUUCUUUUUUUUUUUUUUACAUGUUCAUAUUAAGACAAUAAAACUAAAUAAUAUUUUAUUAAGCUUGAAUCGCCUCCAGUUGUUCUACAGACGAGAAGCUAUUGAGGGCAGCUGAUGCCACUGAGGACUGGUUAAGGUGUGGAUUGUUAUGUCCUCUACCAAAUGCUCAUGCUGGGGACACAUCUGAUGCCUGAUGAGGAUAAGAACUGUAAAAUUUAAAAUGAUCAUAUUCUAACAGCUGUUCUUGACGUGUGGAAUUAAUUAAAAAUCGAUUCUUAAAAAUC